GAGAAUAGUACGGUCUCAAUCUGGUAUUGUGUCUUCUGACUCAACCGGUGGAAGGCCGUGGGAUCUUAGAUUUUCGAUCUUUCUCACUGAGUCAGUCACAUCAGGGACUGCCUCAUUCCACAACACCUAGCUUCCGAAUUUUCGGUUGCUCGAGGCUGGGAUGGGUGUGGGAGAGGCAAUUUCAAUGUUGUUGCUACGACAAUCAUAGUAGCUUCCAAAUGAAUCGAUCGCUACUACUAGUAGGAUGCCCCAGUCCAAGCGAGUUCGUCGCGACCUGGAAGAACUACAGCGGCAAGAUGCAGUCGCCUCAAUAGCCACAAGCGAAGAUGACAAAGAUGUGCUGCCGUACGAUUGUCGCGUGAGGCUCCCAAGAGACAGUACAUGUAGUAGCUGCUGGUGCAUUGGUCUUGAACUCCAAGACUUUCCGCUCAAGGCUCCAAAAGUGUCCUUAUUGGCACCGCAUCCACUACACCCAUUACUGCAAGCUCAUGGGCCGUCCUUGCUUAAUCCACACAUGGCUUGUCUUCAAAAAGAUUGGUCGCCCCGACACACUCUGUGGAUCGUAAUAAAUGCCGUCAUCGAAUGGAUCAUUCGACAAGAGCUGCCGUCUUGCGAGUUGGUGGAAAAUCACGGUGAUCCACUGGUCCAAGCAGUUCAUCAUGAAAAGCCAACGAAAGAUCGUCAUUUCGUUGGAAUUACCUACUUUCAAAAUGUUUCCCAGCAUUAUUGCCUGCAACUACAUGGUCUCUUGAAUUCGGUGGAUGUGGGAAAUGAUUGGGUGCCAAUGGGAAGGGGAACUGUCAUUUUCCCAGAUGAUGAUGAACAAGAACAAGAGAAGACGUGCAACGAAACAAGUAGUACAGCAACAACCAAACGACGACAACAACUGAUUUUGAAACCAGGAGAACGUGUGGGAUUUGGCAAUGCCAUUCUUCGAUCCAACAGCUGUUUUAUUGGUGAACGGAUACUCCUCGUGGAAACCAUCCUGGAACCAACCGCUUCGCAAGACAAAACGCCCAUUGCUCUAUUAUUUGAAGAGUGGCUGCUCUCCUGGGAUGGAACUGCCCGGCGUUUGAAAUCGACAGCAACGACUCCAGUAGUAGAUACCAUUGGCGCUGGAAGGCCGCAACGGGGAGGUGUACGGGCGACACAUUGGGGAAUCACGCUCCGACAAAUCAGGGAACUACUGGAAGAGACGGGUCUGCUGCCUUCAACCACCACAAUCAACAACAACAAUGGCAGACAAAGUCCAACGUCUGUGGCAGAAGAUCUAUCCGUCUACCAAUUUGUAGAAAGCUAUAUCAAACCAAUCACUGCCAACCGAGGGAUGGGAUAUGCCCUCUGGAUCAACCGGGCGUCCCCUCUGGAGGUACAGGUCAUGUGUUCGCACACAUGGCAAGAAGGCAUUCUGGAAUUCUACCAUGCCCUGCGAACCACACUCGACGAGGACACGCCACUCUUUGUCUGCUUUCUCAGCAUUUACCAGAAUAGUGAGGGCGAGUUUUUUGACGGCGUUACCAUUGAUCAACAGCUCGGAAACGAUCCACUACGAGGACCAUUUGCCCAAGUUCUGCACAACUUCAAGAACAAACCUUCCCUGCGACUCAGUCGACAAGACAUGCGACAAGUCAAGCGCUUUGACCGGGAAUAUGCCACGGAAAGUGGAUAUCGGUCCAAACCACACAUGUCGUGCGGGUACAUGGUGGUUGUACCAACACAAUAUGCCAACAUUUACUCUCGCAUGUGGUGCUGUCUCGAGUUGUUCACCGCAGCCAAGGAAGGAGUGCCCAUUUUCAUUACCAAGCAAGCCAUGGGAAUUCUAGACCGGGACGUCUCUACACGGACAGCGCGUUGUGGUCUCCCCAGUGACGUGAUGAAUCGGGAUGAGAUCUUGAUACGGGCCGCCAUUGAGGGAGGCGUGGGAUACGAUUUUGUCGAUGAAUUCAUUGCCGGCUUUACGGCGAUCCAUGCCAAGAGAGGACCACCGGCACCACAGUCGCCAAUCAUGCUCGACGACGAGGAAGACACGACAAUCUUCUUGUCGAGUGUUGGAGCCCGCGUGCUGGCAUCACCUUCGGACAUGGCGUGUAACAAUGACGCAUCCUUCAAUCGACAAGUUGGGGCAAUUUCAGUGUCUUCUUCCAUGGGUAACUGUAUUGGUUUGCCCGUUCGUGACAACCGGGGCGAGAUUGAACAAGAAGAAGAAGCAGAACAGGAUGAUGAAGAAAGGGGGCUGGAGAUCCCAGCAAUCCUGGUUACCGAGAGCGCAGACUCGACAGAACAUGUGGAAAUGGCCGUCGCGUUGCCCAUAAAAGGCGAGCUUGGGUGAUGGAGAGUGAUUUUCAAUCCUAUGCUGGUUGUCAACGUUGACUUGAACGAAUCAAAUGAAACGAGGAAUGUGGGAUGAUCAGGUCACUUCGUAUUAGCCGCAUUUCUUUGGAAGGGGAGGACAGGGAAGACUUGAUAUGAAACUACGGUGCGAUUAGAAACAUAUAGAACUUUUAUUUUCAAAGAGAAGGUGUUACUUUCAAAAGAGU